UCAGCUGAUCAGGGGAGAACAUUUGAGCCAGUUGUUGUUCAGUGGUUCACAACCCUUCACGCCCACGCCGGCUUCGCCUUUUCUCUUCCAGCUGCCCCCGGAGAGGAGCUGUCCAAGACGGACCAAUCCAGCAACAUCAAGCGCGUGCAGGCGAUGCGACGGAGGCACAACGCAGGAAGCAACCCCACCCCGCCAUCCUCCGUAAUGGGGUCCCCCCCGAGUUUGCAGGACCUCCAGCGGGGCCGAGCCUCCUCCCACUCCCGGGCGCUGACCCUGCCCUCGGCCCUCCAGUUUGCCAGCUCGCUUCUGCUGCCCCGCGGCGCCAUCCAUGAAGCCUGCAACUUUGACGACACUUCCGAAGGGGCUGUCCAUUACUUCUACGACGAGAGCGGUGAGUGUUUUGAUCUUCUGGACCAAGAAUCCCUGCACGAGUCCCAAGAAAACACCCUCAUGAUCGAGGAUAAGUGCCACCCUCGACAAUACUACAAAUUUUGGCUUCUUCCCGGGCACUGGAUGCGAGUUCGCUACGACCGGUUGGCGCUGCUGGCUCUGUUGGAUCGGAAUCGUCAAGUAGCCGAGAACGUGUUUGUGGUGUUCUUGGUGACCCUGGUGGCCUUCCUGGGCUACCUUCUCCUCCUCCAGGGCUUCUUCCAAGACAUCUGGGUCUUCCAGUUCUGCGUGGUCAUUGCCAGCUGCCAGUACUCGUUGCUCAAGGUGAGACCAGAGGG